AUGUCGGAGGAGGCGGAGGUGGUGGUUGUGGACCUCCCCGAAGAUGUUGUUCUCAAGAUUCAAUGCCGUUUGCCUGUCAAAUCUUUGAUCCGAUUCACUUGUGUCUCGAAACGUUGGCGUUCGAUUAUCAUUUCUGAUCUCCAUUUUGCCAAAUCCACUUUUCAACUUGCAUCACAGGCUGGAGCUCUCAGUCCAAGGAAUGGGAGCCCACUCGAAUCGACGCACAUAUUUUCAACCAAGGAUAACUCAUGGAAAAUUAUUGGAGCUCCUCACUCGUCAUUCCCACAUGAAAACAGGCCUCUUUUAGUUUCAAAUGGAGCAUGUCGCUGGGUCGUCAGAUAUGGAGUUUCUAAACAAGCUCUCCAUGCUUUCCAUUUGGUACAGGAGGAGUUCCGACAAUUGUCAUUGCCUCUUGCUUUGAUGGUAGAAACAGCUCCAUGGCGAUGGGUAGAUGUGAAAGCGAAGGCGAAUGCGAAUGCGACAUGGUCAAGCCUCAUAAGGCGAGAGCAUCGGCGUGCAAAUGCGAUUUAA